ACUACAGCAGGCAGGGCGGAACUGCUGUUUGCUGUAUGUCGAAGGAAGACGGGCGGUCGGACAGAGUUAGCGCUUAACUAAACGGCUGAGUUGUUAGCAUGCCAGCGUGCUACUCCUAGGUUAAAUCCCCAGUUUUUAAAACGACAUCGCGAGUAUUGUUUCCGGGUGUUUGGAAGGUGUUUAAACUUCCCUCACAUUCUCCCAACGUAUUUUCACGAAGGGAGGCGGCGGUGGAACACUCGGCAGCCAUCUUUGGACCUGCCUUGGAGUGGGAUUCGACUACUCUGGCACCCCAGUUACUUCGAGGGUGGGGAUUUUAACCUAUAAUAAUUCACUAAUCUGUAUGUUAUAAUCGACUGACAGCGUUAGGAACGGCAAGGAUUUGGCGUACGACAUCACCGCACCGGGGAUGAAACAGGAAGAAUACUUUUAUAAUCCCUUACUGUUUUGAAAUAAACGACAUUCUCCACAGUGCUGAAACCUGGCCUGUCAGGAGAGGCUCUGAACACAUAUGAGACCCCUGUCCUGCAGAUGAGCCAUCGGAGGGGCCUUCCAAGUCGCUGUCGCAGACCCAGAUAGUUCCUGGCGGCAGCGGCAUUGCUCCCCUCUCCCCAUUAUGCCCAACAGCAGUCGGGCGGGGAGCCUGAAGGACCCCGAAAUUGCCGAUCUCUUCUUCAAGGAGGACCCGGAAAAACUCUUUACAGAUCUGCGUGAGAUUGGACAUGGCAGCUUUGGUGCUGUAUAUUUUGCACGGGAUGUGCGGACAAAUGAGGUGGUGGCCAUCAAGAAGAUGUCUUACAGUGGAAAGCAAUCCACUGAGAAAUGGCAAGACAUCAUCAAAGAGGUGAAAUUCCUGCAAAGAAUACAACACCCAAACAGCAUAGAGUACAAAGGAUGUUACCUGCGAGAGCACACUGCCUGGCUGGUAAUGGAGUAUUGUCUGGGCUCUGCUUCAGAUUUGUUAGAAGUUCACAAGAAACCUCUGCAAGAAGUUGAAAUAGCUGCAAUUACCCACGGUGCUCUUCAGGGGUUGGCUUAUCUUCACUCCCACAACAUGAUUCACCGAGAUAUCAAGGCAGGAAAUAUCUUACUGACAGAGCCGGGGCAGGUGAAACUAGCAGAUUUUGGUUCUGCUUCCAUUGCCUGUCCUGCCAACUCAUUUGUUGGCACACCUUAUUGGAUGGCUCCAGAAGUAAUUUUAGCUAUGGAUGAGGGUCAGUAUGAUGGAAAGGUGGACAUUUGGUCUAUGGGAAUAACCUGCAUUGAAUUAGCUGAGAGGAAGCCUCCACUAUUCAACAUGAAUGCAAUGAGUGCCUUAUACCAUAUAGCACAGAAUGAGAGCCCAAUGCUGCAGUCUAGUGAAUGGACGGAUUAUUUCAGAAACUUUGUAGAUUCUUGCCUUCAGAAAAUUCCUCAGGAUAGGCCAAACUCUGAGGAGCUCUUAAAGCAUGCAUUCGUCCAGAGGGAACGGCCAGAAUCAGUUCUGAUAGACCUGAUCAAUCGGACUAAGGAUGCAGUGCGGGAACUGGACAAUCUGCAGUAUCGUAAAAUGAAGAAGAUCUUGUUUCAGGAGGCCCACAAUGGCCCCACAACUGAGGCACAAGAUGAAGAGGAGGAGCCAGAGCACGGUGUGAGUAGGUCAGGUACAGUGAACAGCGUGGGGAGCAACCAGUCCAUACCCAGCAUGUCAAUCAGUGCCAGUUCCCAGAGCAGCUCUGUCAACAGUCUGACAGAUGCAGGCGAUGAUAAGAGUGAGGUGGACAUGGAGGGAGACCACACAGUCAUGUCUAACAGCUCUGUGAUACACCUCAAACCAGAGGAGGAGACAUAUAAUCAAGAGUCAGAAUCUCACACCCGGCCCACUGAACCACAGUCCCCACCUGCACACACUCCACGGCCGAAACGGAACCGCGAGCACUUUGCUACUAUACGCACAGCCUCAGUGCUCACUCGCCAGAUUAAGGAGCAUGAACAAGAUUCUGAGUUAAGGGAGCAGAUACUGGGCUACAAGCGCAUGAGGCGGCAGCACCAGAAACAGCUGAUGGCUCUGGAAAACAAACUGAAGGCUGAGAUGGAUGAGCACAGACUCCGCCUGGACAAGGAGCUGGAGAACCAGAGGAAUAGUUUUGCUCAGGAGGUGGAGAAACUGGUCAAGAAGCACCAGGCAUCCAUGGAGAAAGAUGCAAAAACAUUUAGCAAUGAUGAAAAGAAGUUCCAACAACAUAUUCAGAGUCAGCAGAAGAAAGAGCUCAGCAGCUUCCUGGAGUCCCAAAAGCGGGAGUACAAACUUCGCAAGGAACAGCUCAAAGAGGAGCUGAAUGAAAACCAGUCAACACCUAAGAAAGAAAAGCAGGAGUGGUUGUCCAAACAGAAGGAGAACUUCCAACACUACCAAGCAGAGGAAGAGGCCAACUUACAGCGCAGGCAGAGGCAGUAUCUGGAGCUGGAGUGCCGCAGGUUCAAACGGAGGAUCUUGAUUGCUCGCCACAAUAUUGAGAAGGACUUGGUGCGAGAGGAGCUAAACAAACGUCAGACCCAGAAGGACUUGGAACAUGCCAUGCUUCUCCGGCACCAUGAGUCCAUGCAAGAACUGGAGUUCCGCCAGCUCAACACCAUCCAAAAGACGAGGGCUGAGCUGAUCCGCCUGCAGCACCAGACGGAGCUCACCAAUCAGCAGGAGUACAACAAGAGGAGGGAGAGGGAACUUAGACGCAAACAUGUCAUGGAGGUUCGCCAACAACCCAAGAGCCUCAAGUCCAAAGAGCUACAGAUCAAGAAGCAGUUCCAGGACACAUGUAAGAUCCAGACCAGGCAGUACAAAGCGCUGAGGAACCAUCUGUUGGAAACCACACCGAAGUCAGAGCACAAGGCUGUCCUUAAACGGCUGAAGCAAGAGCAGCACCGCAAACUUGCCAUCUUGGCAGAGCAGUAUGACCACUCCAUCAAUGAGAUGCUUUCCACUCAGGCGCUUCGUCUGGAUGAGACUCAGGAGGCUCAGUGCCAAGCCCUACGAAUGCAGCUACAGCAGGAGCUGGAGCUUCUCAAUGCUUAUCAGAGCAAGAUCAAGAUGCAAACAGAUGCCCAGCACGACCGUGAGAGGAAGGAUUUGGAGCAGAGGGUGUCACUCCGAAGGGCCCUGCUGGAACAGAAGAUUGAGGAGGAGAUGAUGUCCUUGCAGAAUGAACGCUUGGAGCGAAUCCAGAACCUACUGGAACGUCAAGCCCGAGAAGUGGAGGCUUUUGACUCUGAAAGUAUGCGCCUGGGCUUCAGCAACAUGGUGCUGGCAAACAUCUCCCCAGAUGCCCUCAGCAAUAGCUUUCCCGGGGCUCCAGGAAAUUGGAGUCACCAUCACCAACAGCACCUAUCUGGGAGCACUCAAGGGCCACACUGGGGCAGUAGCUCUCUGGGCGCAGGGUCAAGCCACCAAGACGUCCAUCACCACUAUCGCUCCAGUCCCGGAGGGGCAUCUAUGCAGCAAGGCUGGGGGCAGGGCAUGCAGGGAAGUGUGGGUUCAUCACCGUGGGGCCACCCAUCAGCAGUCUCUCGACUCAGCGGAGGUGUACAGAACAGCCCCCAAGCAAUGGGGAGGACAUCCUCAGGCGGGCGCAGUGAGCAGGGCAUGAGCAGGAGUACCAGCGUCACCUCUCAGAUAUCUAACGGGUCACACCUCUCCUAUACAUAGAUCCCCCCACGUCAGCCCCAGAGUCAGGUUGACGGUGGAGAAGUAAAACCCAACAAACACAGCGGGACAGAGUAUUGGCUGAGCUCUGCUGCUCUGUCUCUCUCUGCGACACUUCGACUCAGUUUCUCCCUUGUACAGAUGUGGAUGUGUGAUGAAAUAAAUGUUGCUCAGGUCAAAAGGGCUGGAAGAGACGCAGCCCGUCCUCACAGCAGUUUAUCGGCACACAUACAGAUCCUUAAAAUUUAUGUUGCAUAAGCAGUUUGAGUGUCAACACAUAAUGCUACCAUUUGUUUUUAUCUCCUGCAGAAUUUUAAAAAUAUGUUUCUUGUUAUUCACAGCCAUUGCUCUCAUUUUGCACAUGGAACACUGUUAAAAAAAAUCUUUGACAUGUGUUAACUAAGUCCUUAGAAAUGUGGUAUCAAAACAAUCACAGUGAACUGAUUUUUACUUAGCACCCUUUACUCUGCCAGUUCGUAUUCAGUUGUCUGGUCAAUUCCCGGGCAGUGGUUAAAAAUGCAGCGGACCUAAUUAAAGAUGCUUUGCUGUUGUGAUACCAGCCUGCUGUAAUGGUCAUUGUGAUAAAUUAGCUGCUUACUUUUGUUCAGUUCGUAUUAUUCUGGUCAUCAGCCAAAAUGAGACUUUACAAAUUCAGGGCCAAAUAAACUAACCAAUAGGCUUGUGCUACAACUCUACUACAGUGCCUUUUAACCUUUGAUUAAAUAUUUAAGUCACAGUCUCAGAUGUUUAUAGUUUAAUAUUUUAAAUUUCACCAUCAGUUUAUAGUUGGUGCCAGUGUAUGUUUAGUUAUGUUUAUUCAAACGCCUGUGAAUUUAGUUCCCCAUACUUUUCUCGGAUUAUUAUAUUGACUGUGUAUGCGGUGAAGUUGGUUUAAGUCUUACAAAUGGUGAGAUAUAGAUUACAUUUAUCAGACUUUAGAGUGGUGGUACUUGCACAUGUUGCAGAGAAUUGUCAUUCACAGGAGGAAUUGUGAGGGGGGGAAAGGAGACUAAUUUGCUUUCAGAAACAGUAAUAGUAUUGAUCUUUUUAUUUUUAUUAGUGCCUUUUUAAAACUGCUGCCUUUUCAAGCACUUUAUACAGUUAAAUAUGUGUAAGAUUAAUAUUUGACUUCUUUUCGCAAAGCACCUGGUGGAUAAGUGUUUUGUCGGUACGCACGUAGUUGAGUAGUCAAGCUCACCUGUGCUGUGAUUUUGAGUCUUUUUUUUUUUUUUUUUUUUUUUUUUUAGGAGCAAUUUCCCAAGUACAGACAAGGCCAAGUGUGUGUUAGCAUACAGUAUGUGAAUGAAAGCAUUUUCCCCCCUCCCUGCAGAUUUUACUGUUUUAAAAUUGUAGCUACUGCUGGUCAACGCCUCUGUGAGUGUGCUGAUUUUGAUUGAAUAGAGGAUGUGAGGAUGCUGCAGCCAUUUUCCCAGUGUUUUGGCUACCGUUUCCAAACUGAAAAGAGUCCAUUACAUGCAGGUAGAUAUUAUCAAGGUAAUUGUCAUGACCAUGACAGCAGGCUUGGCGAUACUAAGAAAAGUUGUACAUUUUACGCCAACUCACCUGAACCCAAAAACCAGAGUGACUGAAUCAAGCACGUGUUUGCUUGAUGGCAUCCUAACAUAUACGUUUUAAUGUAAAGUUGAGUCAGUGCACACUCUGAAAACAGCCAAAUACAGAAAAAAUGUGGCAAAAAGCACUUAAGUAUUCUAAAGCUCUAGCAGUUCCUCUAAUACUAUCUGUUUCUGUCUGCUGACUUCUAUAUGGUUUGUGAUUGAAAUGUCGUUAGGGAAGUUGGUGCCCUCUUUGAGCUUCUAUGUUCAAAUUAGGUUUUCUGUUUCCAUACACAGAACUGAAAACACUUUGCCCAAAAGGCCUUGUAAGGAUAAUGAUCCAGAAAUAACAGGAAUAUAUACUACCCUGAAUCACAAAGCUGGAGUUACAUGUUCAUAUGUGUAUAUUUUAUUAAAGAAAACAUUUAAAGACUUAACUCACAUUUUAAGAAAAUAAUUUGUAAAACUAACUUUAUUUAACUUGCAGACCACACUGAUUUUGGCAAACUUUUCACUCUCAAAGUGAAAGUGGUGUUGAGUUGUCUGGACGUAGCUCGUUGGAAGAUAUCCUUGGUUUUUUUGUACACAGACAGAAUGCCUCCUGUGCAUGUAUUUGCUGCCGUCUCCUCUAAAUGCCACUUGUUUAGUUAUCCAGCCACCUCCUCAGCAUCACCACUGCAGAGUUCGUUCUCCUCCACCACACAUUUGACCGUUGAUCCCCAUUCACCUCUGAUUCAGAGCCACCUUUUCAAAUGCUGGCUCUUAGAGAAUGUCGUACUGUGAUUUAGUCAAAUCACAUUUGAGGACACAAAACAUGCUGGGGUCUUUUUCUUAAACAGGGUGGAAUUUUAAAUUUCUACAUGACUAUAACCCUGCCUAGAAAAUAUGCAUUAUAUCAAGUUACAUAUGGUUUGGUCCAAACACUCUUUUUUUGUUGUUGUUGUUUUGUUUUUUUUGUUUUUUAAGCCAAGUGUCUAGUUCCAGCUACUGUAACACAGCAGGUUCUAUUCAUCAUUCUUUUCAGAUUUGUUGAUGAUUAUGUAAAGAAAAGGGGAAUGUAUCUAUCAUGAUCUGAAUCUUACCUUAAAUCAAAAGCCAAGACCAAGAGUUUGAAUGUUAGGCCAAUCAAACCUCACAUACAUGCCAACCGUACGUUUGUAUGCACAAUUUCUGUUCACUUUUGUGUCCGUGUGGUGUGUAAAAGGAGUCUGGAUAUCGUUGUCAAUCAUUGUCAGUCGUAAGACCUUUCCACCAACCUGAAUAUUUUUUUCUUUUUUUUUUUUUUUAAACUUCAACUUUGAUGUCAAAUUUUGUCCUACUGACUGAAAGCAUGUGGGAUACUGAAUGAAAAUUGGCAACAGAAAAUGGUGAUCCUUUCUAUGGUCAAACACUGUGCCAUACCCGAGUUGCUAAGCCCACAUACCACUGCAUUGUUUCAUCUACAUGGUUUUACCUAUCAUCAGGCUGAUGGCAUGAAAUGUAUGAAUCAUAAAAACAAGUUGGUUCUGGUCGAGUGGCCAAGGUUUAACAAAAAAAAAAAAAAAAAAAAGCUUGAAAAGAUUAAGUGGCGACAGGCAAAUUAUGAAAAGAGAUUGCAUUUCUUUGAAGAUGUCAGUAUUCUUCGAUGGCACAUUACCACUACAACUCAUAACUUGUAUUAAACUGUAUAGAUGGUUGGACUUGUUAUUGAAUGUCAGAGAGAUUAUGAAGAUACUACAUAAGAGAUGGUAAAGUACUAAAAGUGGGUUUAAUUUGUGUAAAAAGAUUCAUAAAACAGAAUAAAAAUAGGAUCAAAUUUACUAUUUUGUUUGUAUUAUAUUUACCAUUGUGUUGGCAGAGGGAUAUUGAAAAGAAAUCAGCUGUAAUAAAGUAAUUUUAGUAUAUCUGGUUUGUGUUUUCAUUUAUUUAUUUUUGUACCUCAACUGUGCAACUGCAAGUUGACUGGAGUAUUAAGUUAAUAUCCGUACGACUUCAAUGAGAUCGCAGAAGAGGCCUGAAACGACCUCCAAGAGUCCGCGGACCACAGCUUGUGAAUGCAUGAACCAACGCUCGUCUUUAACUGGUCCCAGAAGCGGAAGUACGGGCAACGUGAUGCGUGUGUGACGAGCAUGGUAAACAAAAGUAAAUGUUUGUUUAGACUGGGAAAGGAAUGCUGUCUCAACAGCCUUUGAAUUAAAGAUCCAGGAUGCUGUGUGAAGUCCUGCUAUCAUCGCUAUGGUUUCUGUUUGUUAUCUUCUGGGUCGAGACAAUAAGUAUUUGGCUGUUUCUGUCCAUGUUCUACCAGGACCGGACGUUUUACCACUGGGGAGAUGGGGUAUUUGCAGAUGAUCCUGGACAGAUGAUAUACAUGUUGAGCAGAGCUGACACCCAUUUGCAAACAGACAUGCAGACCUGAGACGGGGGGAAAAAAGAUGAAGACCUCCAUUGGAAGGACUCUCAAUAGAGGACUGUUGCAGUUAUGUGACUGAAAGAUGUCUUAUGGAAAGCAGAGGCAGUGUUUGCUUUGACUGCCUCACACACUGUUGUGAACAGUCUUUGUUAACAUAUAUAAAUGUAGACCCACGUUUAAUAAUAGGUGGUGGGGAGUUGCAGCAUGUGUGAAGGUGCAAAUAAGAUGUACUGGGAGGUCCUCAAUGAUUGAUGUGUAUCACGCCCACAAAUGCAACAUUUAUAUUCUCACAUGAAGAUUUAGGGGAAGCAGAAUGAAUGUAAUCAGAAAAUGCUUCCUGCAUAAAGGAGGAGUUCGGAUCAUCUUGCUUUUAUUUCUUUAAUCUUCAUUUUCAGACUUGCACUGAGAGGCUUUUUCUAUACUGCUGUUCUAUGCAACUACAGUGGUAGCUGUCUGCAGCUACAUUUGUGUUUUUAAUCUCAGAUUGCAGUAAAUCUGUUUUAAGUUAGGUAUAUUAAUGAACAAGUGUUGCAUGUUUUGUGUGUAUUUGAUGCCACGACCUUUAAUGACAAGUCAGUUUUGGAUAUCAGAGGAGGAGGAGCCAUCAACCUGGGUUCAAAGACAGGUGAUCUAGGGUUCAUAAUUUAAUCAUAGAGUUUAUAUUUUUCACACUAACAAUCCUCACUUACAGUAGAUCAGAAUCAGACAGCCUUUUCUGAGAUAAACUGUCAACAGGGACUACAUCAUUUGAGCUUGAAGGUUCAUUACUGACUUUGGGAAAAUAUCUACUUCAUCUGCUUACUUAUUUUUCAGAGCUUGUAGCCACAUCCUGUGGCCUUUACCUGCGAACGGAUUCCCCUCAGUUGUCAUUUAUGUGUAUCCCAAUAUAAGACCACUUGUUAUUACAUGACUGAAAUUCCAUACUGAGGACAUAUAUUAACUGCUUAAGCUGAUGAAUAUCACAAGAUAGGACAUACAGCCCUGGAAGUGAACUUUGUGUUAAGAAUUUUGUAUUCAAAAGGGAGCAAUUGUAUGUGGGUGUGUUUGACUUAUUGAUCUGCCACACAUAUUUUCUGUCAAUUAAAAGCUUUAGUUUUGAACAAAA